AUGGACCCAGGGACUGCUAUUGCGACUGGACAGGUCUCCGCCAAAGUCCUAUCGAUCAUUUGGAAAUACUACUCGGAAGUCAAGGAUGCCAAAAGCAAUAUUACGUACCUAGCCAACGAGAUCCAAGACUUUCACGAUGUGAUGCAAAGAUUUGGAGAAUUACUCCAGAAAGAGUCGAUUGUAGCAAAGGCUCCGGCGUCAGCGUCCCUCGUAACAACAAUCGAGCAGUCUUUGUUGGACAUCAAAAUGCUUAAGAGCAAAUUGGACCCAGGGACAGGAGCCAAGGUCAUGAAACGUGUGGGGAAGCGCGCAUUGAAAUGGCCUUUCACCAAAAAGGAGGCAAAUGAGUGGGUCACAAGGUUCCAGAGAUUAAAGGCAACAGUCAAUCUCGCGUUGAACGCAGACCAAACCUCUCUCAUGAUUGAUGUUGACGCAAAUGUCAUCCAGCUGAAACAGGGCCAGGAGGCUAUUGAGCUGGAGCGACAAGUGGGAAAGUUACCUCUUGCUACCGAGGCCUCUUUCGACUCAUAUCACCGUCAACAUGAGCCACAAUGCAUAGCGGAUACUCGAGUCGAACUUCUGCAGCAGCUUCAAGGCUGGGGCGCACAACACCAACGACCUAUAUUCUGGUUAAGUGGUAUGGCUGGGACUGGAAAAUCCACCAUUGCUCGCACCCUUGCCAAGGAAUUCAAGUCCCAGAAUACGCUUGGAGGCAGCUUCUUUUUCUCGAGAGGCUCAGGAGAGGCCAAUAACGCUGUCAAUUUUGUGGGUACCUUGGCUUAUCACUUGGCCAAUAUAUCACCGCAACUCAAGCAGUGUAUAUGUGAAGCAAUCUCAUUGCAUAGUGAAACUAUACGGCAAGGUCUGCGUAACCAGUGGAAGGAGCUUAUUAUCGGACCAUUGUCAAGAGUAAAACUCAACCGGCGCCCGACAUUGAAUUUUGUGAUCGAUGCACUGGACGAAUGCGGCUCUGACGAUGAUAUCAGGCUCCUUCUGCAGCUUUUUGUUGAAGUAAAGGAUCUGAAUACCAUCGAUUUGGGAGUUUUCGUAACCAGCAGACCAGAGAUUGUCAUUCGCCUUGGUUUCAAGAGUAUACCGGAAAUUAUCCACCAUAAUCUUGACCUCCGCGACAUCCCCCGCCGAACAGUGGAGCACGACAUAUGGGUGCUCUUGAAGCAAGAACUCAAUCGAAUCAGUAUACAGCAUGAGCUGCAUGACUGGCCGAGCGAAGCUAACAUACUGUCGCUUGUUCAAAAGGCUGACUGUCUGUUCAUUUAUGCUGCGACCGCUUGCCGCUUUAUCGGAGCCAUGGAUUGGGAUCCAGAAGAGCGCCUGGCUGAAAUACUCGAAGGUGACUCUGCCGGUGGAGGGGAUACCGCACAAUUGGACGAGAUGUACAUGCAGGUCUUGAGAUGCUCUCUCAUCACAGGUCGGCGCGAAGGAGAGGUUGCCAAGUUGUGCGACCGAUUCAAGCACAUUGUGGGGUCUAUCGUUGCUUUAUUCGACGAAUUGUCUGUCUCAGCUUUGGCUAAGCUGCUUUCCAUGCCAGUCAAAACGGUAGACGUAUCCCUGGGUACAUUGCAUUCUGUGCUCAACAUUCCAGGCGACUCGGAUUCUCCCAUACGAUUACUUCACCCCUCGUUCCACGACUUCCUUCUCGACGAAACAAGGUGUGAAGACCUGCGCUUCUUUGUCCAGGAAGCAUUGAUGCAUGGCGAGCUUGUCACGAGUUGCUUGAAAGCCAUUUCGGCCGGGUUGAAGCGGAAUAUAUGCCACUUGCCGACGCCAGGCUCUUCGCCGCAGGAUAUACAGAGAGAAACGUUGAACAAGCAGUUGCCAAAGCAUGUUCAGUACGCCUGCCAAUACUGGAUGGACCACCUCGCAGGCACCGGAUCAGACUUCAGAGCCGAGCUCGGGCUCCGUGGUGACGGCAAGAUCCACGACUUCUUUGAGAAAGAUUUCCUUCACUGGCUCGAGGCUAUGAGCCUAAUGGGCAAGAUGUCCCAAGGGGUGCUCAUGAUAACCAAAUUGGCAAACAUGGUUGAGGUCAUCGAACAUGAUGCCCUACAUGCGAUGGUCCAAGACGCAAAACGAUUUAUCCUCAGCAACCGGGCUAUCAUCGAAGAAGCACCACUGCAGACCUACGCUUCCGCGCUCGUAUUUAGUCCAACCGGAAGUCUAAUCCGGAAAUACUAUUCGGAUCAGCUUCCGGCCUGGCUGGUCAGACUCCCAGCCGUUGAAGACACGUGGGGUAAUUCUGUGCAGACUCUAGAGGGACAUACAGAUCACGUCACAGCAAUCGCGUUUUCACCCGACGGCAAAUAUUUAGCAUCCGCUUCUCGGGAUCAUACAAUACGGUUGUGGGAUCCGGCGACAGGGGCCCUACGCAGUACGCUAGAAGGUCAUCGAGAUCGCGUCUUUGCAGUAGCGUUCUCGCGCGAUGGCCAUUUAGCUUCAGCUUCUUGGGAUAAGACAGUACGACUAUGGGAGCCUGUGACAGGCGUGACUCACCGCAUUCUAGAUAUCGAUGUUGCUUCCAAUUACCUUAACGCCCCACUGUUGUUCUUGCCUAAUGGUGACUUGGCCGUAGAAAGUCAGGAGAGGAGUGUGCAAAUAUGGAGUCGAGGGAAAGACUCCUUAUCUAAGCUCGUACUCCCAGACUUUUUGGAAAAUUGGCUUUUGCGGGGAUCCUCACCUCAGGGACAGCUGGCCUAUGUAAUUCGGGAAUUGGAUAGCAAUGUAUUCGAAGUACUGCUAUAUGACCGAAGUACAGGCACAGCGCAGAGCUUAAAGACCGACAGCCCAGCCGAGUAUUGUGCAGCGGCAUUCAAUUCGAACAAUGAGCUGGCCUUGGGUUUUAUUAACGGAACGAUAGAGCUUCAUGACUUAGCCUCAGGGUCUCAUCGGAAGUUUGAAGGUCAUUUGAAAGGCGUCAGAGCGCUGUCGUUCUCUCCCGACGGUAAAUCUCUUGUCUCGGGCUUAACAGACGGGACAAUACAUUUGUGGGAUCUAUCGACGCAGGCACAGAGCCUGAUUGGGACCUGCUCGUCGAUGGUCGAGUCCGUAUUAUUUUCGCCGGACGGAAAGCAAAUAGCGAGCUCUUGCGAGUAUUCUGAUACAGUGCAACUAUGGAAUCCUUCUCCAACAAACUUGCGAAAAGAUAAUUCCCCAUCUGUCUAUAGUAUCUUACUUUCGCCUAGUGGCAACCAGAUAGCAUCCAUCCACGACUCCCAUACAACAAUCCGAUUAUAUGAUACAGUGAGGGGAGCAUUAGAGUUUACCUUAGCGGGCCACUCGGGUGAAGUAAAUCACAUAACAUUUUCGCCUGAUGGUAAAAAGCUGGCUUCUGCUUCCCAUGACGGCACUAUACAAUUAUGGGAUCCAAGAAUAGGAACGAGAACUCAAGUCCUGAGCAGUGAUUUAGGCGUCGUACCUAGGCUUGUCUUUUCAUCCGACGGUGAGCAGCUUGCCUCGAGUGGCGGUAAGGGAGAAGUACGGAUUUGGAAUCCAGAAACAGGAUCUCUGCGUCAUGAGCUCGAAGGUCCCCCCUUAGAGAAAGUAAGAUUGUGGGGUGUCGAAGCGAUAACCUUUUCGCUCACUGGCGAGAAGAUCGCCGCUGUUUUCUGGGAAGGGACUGCAAUAAUAUGGGAUACCAUGACAGGAAGAUUCCUUUACAAGCUCGAAGACCUCAUGGGAUCCCCAGGUGCAAUAGCAUUUUCGCACAAUGAUAGGUAUGUUGCCUGUCAGUCCCAAGACCGGACUAUAAUCAUAUGCAACGCGGAAACAGGAGAGUCACGAAACGCGCUCGAAGGUCAUUUGGAUAAAGCAUGGGCACUGGCCUUUUCAAGUGAUAGCAAGUCUCUUGCAUCCUCUUCUGACGAAGGUGCAGGAAAGCUAUGGGACGUUGGAUCUGCACGGCUGAGGGGAACAUUCUCAAUCAACAGAGAUGUCAAACAGUUGUCGUUCUCUGCAGAUGGGACGUACCUCGAGACUGAGCGAGGUCAAAUCGGGAUCAGUGAACUCCUCGAAGACUCGUUCAAUUAUCCAUCCACGCCUGGUAGUCAUUGGAGUCUCUUUGGGCGGGAGUGGAUCAUGGAAGGCAACCGAAAAAUGCUUUGGCUACCUCCUGAUUUUCGCCCCCGAAAUAUGUGCAUAGCGCAUCACAAUGGAUUGUUUGUCAUCGCUUGUGAAUCUGGCAAGAUGACCUUCAUGAAUUUUACUCAGGAUGGUGUAGUGACCGAUGUUGAAGGGUGA